CCUACAAAUAGGUGUGUAUAUUUUUAGCCAACAAACGAUAACUACCUAUUGAUCUAAAAUGCAUGCUCAUUACUGCUGCUCUGAAAAUUUAAUGGUGAAUGUGGGUCCGAUAAAUGGAACUUACAGGUUAUAGAUGUAGCUCAAGAAGUUAGAAUUGUAUUCUAAGUAGCAUGGUGGUUGUCCAAACAGGUUGAAAGACUUUGAAUACGGAUACCUCUUAGUUUCUGACCAUACACAUCAGCACGAAACUCCACCUUAAAGCAACCACUGUUUUCAUAACACACUACACGAUUUCCACACUAGCAAAAGCGUUCUAAAUGGAAAAAUCACCCAUGAGAAAUCUUUUAAAGUAAAACCCAUUAUUUAUUGUAUUUCAUCGGCAUAUUUUUGGAUUUUCAUCAAACGCAACAUUCCCGAUAAAAUUGACGUUUAAUAAUAAGUGUUGCCAUAUGUCAAAUUAAAUAAAAUUUAACACAAAGAAGUUACUUUAGUUUGGUAAUUCCUGCUUUAAUCUGCAAAACUAAGUAACAUUAUCUAAUAUUCAAUGACAAAUGGAGCUUCAAUUUAUUUACAAGUACUUGACAAGUAUAUAUACUAGCUACAAAGUAUGUAAUAUAAAUUAAAUUGAAUUUCAGUAAAUGGUAACACUGGAAAAAGUCCUAAUGUCAAAUUAGUUAAACUGUUUUAUCUUCAUAUUGUGCUGUUGUACCGACAGCACAUACGCCAUUUUGCUAUUUCAGGAAAGUGCAUUAUCUUUCGUCAACAAUGUGUGCUGAAGUGAAAUGUUUGCUGAAUUUUUAUAGUGUUGGUGUACCUAAUGUGUGUUAAAAAUCUAGAACAAUGGACGAGCAAAACGAUGUGCACAGGAUCAUUCCUGAGCUCUACUUUCUGAUAGCAAAAUUUCUCUCGGGUGGACCCCUCAAAGAGACUGCAAAGACUUUGCUAAAAGAGCUCCAAAGCGUAGAAGUGCUGCCCCGUCGGCUUGACUGGGAGGGCAACCUACACACCCAAUCCUACGAAGAAUUAGCUUCACAGUACACAGAUGUAUCGUGGGAUCGUUUGGCGGGAGUAUGCGAGAGUGCGCUCCGUCUCGCUCGCACGGCGGCCCUCGCAUCGGCGCCGCCCCCCGCGCCAGCACUCGCCCCCGCCAACGGGGAGGCGACCCCGCCCGCAGCCGGGGCCGCCCUCCCUGCGCCCCCCUCCGCGCCCGACGCAGCCCCGCAGCAGCAGGACGUGACCGCGAGACUAGCUGCCAGACUGUCCUUACUGAGUGAAUCACUUGUGCGACCAAAACCGAAAUACUCAUCUUACAAACGGAACCAUUCGUUAGUGCGGCGGCUGUGCGCGCGCGAGCUGGGCGCGGGCGUGCUGGGGGAGGCGCGCGGGGCGGGGCUGGGCGCGGGGGCGGGGCGGGGCGUCAUGUCGCCGCGCAUGCUCGCCGGCCUGCAGCUGCAGCGGCGCACGCUCGGCCACCUGUCCGCCGUCUACUGCCUCGUGUUCGACUGCACCGGCCGAUACGUCGUCACGGGGGCGGACGACCUGCUGGUGAAGGUGUGGAGCGCCGUGGACGGGCGGCUGCUGGCGACGCUGCGCGGCGCCGGCGCCGAGAUCACCGACGUGUGCGCCUCCGCCGACGGGGCGCUGCUGGCCGCGGGCUCCGUGGAGAGGCUGGUGCGGGUGUGGUGCCUGGCGACGGGGGCGCCGCGGGCGGUCCUGGCGGCGCACGCGGGCACCAUCACGGCCGUGCACUGGGCCCCGGGGGCGGGCGACGUGCGCUGGCUGGCCUCCACCUCCACGGACGGGUCGGUCGCCUUCUGGACCUCGUCGUCCGACGGCCAGUUCCUGUCGCGGCCCGUGCAGUACGUGGAGCGCACCCGGCCCGGCGCCUGCCACAUGAUAUGCGCCGCCUGGUCCGCGGGCGGCGGCUUCCUCGCCGCCGGCAGCGCCGAUCACCACGUGCGGAUCUACAUGGUGGAGGGCGCGGGCGCGGGGGGCCCGCGGCGCGUGCUGGAGGCGGCCGUGCACUCGGACGCGGUGGACUCGGUGGCGUGGGCCCACCGCGGCCUGCGCCUGGUGUCCGGCAGCAAGGACGGCUCGGCCGCGCUGUGGCAGCUGCACGCGACGCAGUGGCGGCCGCGGCUGCUGCUGGCGCACCACGACCACAGGCGGCUCAAGGUCACCAUGGUGUGCUGGGACAGCAGCGACCGGUUCGUGAUGACCGCCGUCUCGGACAACACCAUCCGGGUGUGGUGCGCCGAGUCGUGCGCGCAGGUGGCGGCGCUGCGCGGGCACCGGGCGGAGGCCUACGUGCUGGAGGCGCACCCGACGCUGCCGGGGGUGCUGCUGUCCGCGGGCCACGACGGGCAGCUGUUCGUGUGGCACGCGCCCCACCCCGCCCCCCUCGCCGCCUUUCACAACCACAUCAGCGGGCAGGUACACGCGCGUACACACCGUGUUUAUUCGUAUUAAACAAUUUCAUUAUUUGUACUAAUACUUCCUAAAUACAGUAACAAAAAAUAAUGUUUGUUUGUUUUUAUCACUUAGGCACCUCGGUCAUGCUGUAUUCAGUUAUGAUCGAAUUAAGAAAAAAAUUAAAUUUCAUACGUGAUUAUGCGUUCCAACGGAGAUUAAUAUAGACGUUGCGAGGUAUUAAAAUUUUUUUUCAUCAUUGUAGAUGUAUACUAUUAUUCAAUGGACGAUUCCAUUACACAAAACGCAUUAAUUGAUUGUUUUAUUUAAUUGACAAAAUGUGACACAACCAAAAUAAAAUUUAAUUUCAAUUAUCAAAAAUAAUUUUACAGCCCUCUGUCCAUCCAAAUGACAGUAGUUUGUAAUAUUUAUUUUAUUUUUAUUUUAUUUUAUUUAUUUAGGAAACAAACAGUCGUUUAGAAUUGAUAUACAAACAAAACUUAGGUAACUAAUAGACCCGACAGUUCCAUUACUAAAUACGAGUACUAAUAUACUGUUCAUUUUUAAAUAUAACAUCCCCCACUUUUCGUUUAUAUUGAUUUAAUGAUAGCGAACAAAUGUCAACGACGACGCGGUUUAGGGCUGCUCUGUUCGUGGCCGUAUCUGACCGGACGAGGGGGGGUGUGUGUGUGUGUGCAGGGCGACGGCGCGAUAUUCGACGCGAAGUGGGGGGGCGCGUGCAGCAUCGCCGCGUCCGACUCGCACGGCCACCUGCUGCUGUACGGGCUCGGCCAGGGGGACCCGCUGCUGCGGACGCUGCCCACCGAGCUGUUCUUCCACACGGACUACCGGCCGCUCGUGCGCGACGCGCUGGGCGGCGCGCUGGACGAGCAGACGGAGCUGCCCCCGCACGUGCUGCCGCCGCCCUUCCUGGUGGACGUGGAGGGCGCCCCGCACGCGCCCCACCUGCAGCGCCUGGUGCCGGGGCGCCGCCACCUCACGCUGCAGCAGCUCAUCCCCGCGCCCGCGCCCGCGCCGCACGCCGCCCUGGACCUGCUCAUCCAGCAGCUGGCGGCCGCCGACCCCGCCCCCGCCGCCCCCGCGCACGCGCCCGACCCCGCGCCCGCCCCCGCACCGCCCACGCGCGGCGAGGGCGUGCGGCACACGGCGGGCUCGUGGCAGCGCGGCGACCCGCUGCUGGUGCCGCACAGCGCCGCGCCCAUCGUGCCGCCGCUGCCGCCCGCGCGCCUCGCCCAUCUGCAGCGCGCCAACGCCGAGAUGCACGCGUUGGAAGCGGCGUGGUACAGGCGCGAGAUGCGCCGCCGCCCCCUCAUGAUCAGCACCGCGGCGGCGGGCGCGGGGGCGGGGCCGGGCGCGGGGGCGGGCGGCGGCCGGCGCAGGGGGCCCCGCGCGCCCCGCGACCGCGCGCACCCGCGGCCCCGGCCACAG